GGCUACCUCCCCUUUGUUGGGUGCUGCGCCAUUUCGUGCAGGGUUGAAAACAGCUUAUUUUAGCCGCAAGAAGAAGACCGUAGAACUAGCACUAAUGACUGAUUUAGCUGAAAUAUAAGCCAUUUAAAUAUUUAAGCUCCCGUUGAGUUCUAUAAAAUGAGUCGGGACAUUCAACUCUGCAGUGCACAGCUCCCGCCUCCCACACACUACCUCAUGCGGUGCUGCUGUUGGCCCAUAAGCAGCUAUAAGUCGUGGGGUGAAGUUCUGCAUUCUGAGGGUGCUGCUGGAGUUGUAGUUUUUGCUGAGAGCACCCAAGACACCCGCCCGCACACACUGGCCUUGCCCUCAGUGUCAAAGAACUGACAGACGACCGCCGUGCACAAAGACGCUAUGGAUCGGUCCCCCACCACCAGUGCCCUGAUGGCCAGCAACGUGACCAACAAGACAGACCCUCGCUCGCUCAACUCCCGGGUCUUCAUCGGAAACCUCAACACGCUACUGGUCACCAAGACUGACGUGGAGGCCAUCUUCAGCAAGUAUGGCAAGAUCGUGGGCUGUUCUGUGCACAAGGGCUUUGCCUUCGUCCAGUUCGUCAACGAGAGAUGCGCCCGGGCUGCCGUAGGGGGUGAGGACGGACGCAUGAUCGUGGGACAGGUGCUGGACAUUAACUUGGCCGGAGAACCCAAACCCCACAGGUCAAAGACCACAAAGCGAUCUGCGGGAGACAUGUACAGGUCCGAUUCAAUCAGUCCCACAUUUGAUCUGGACUACGACUUCCAGAGAGAUUACUAUGACCGAGUGUACUCGUACCCGUCCCGCGUGCCCCCUCCACCUCCACCCCUGUCCCGAGCAGUGAUCCCAUCCAAGCGCCCGCGGGUCAGCAUGACUGGAGGGGGUAGCCGCCGCACCAAGGCCAGUUUCUCCUCCAAGAGCAGCCAGAGGGCAUCAAGAACAAUGAAAACAGAUGACCUGCAGACCAUCAAGAAGGAGCUGAUGCUGAUUAAACACAAAGUAGACUACCUGCUGGAGAGCCUAGGCCGCAUGGAGAAGGACCACGGCAAGAAGUCAGAAGGGAAAGGUGCCAAGCCUGAACCUGGAGCGGUGUCCUCACUGCAGCACUCCAGCAACAAGAAGGAGGAGAGCAUCAAGAGAGAGAGGGAGAACCAGGAGCUCAAUGACUCUGAGGGGGACCUGCUAGAGGAGGUAAAGAGUCAAGACAGGGAUGAUGAUGAUGAAGAGGAGGAAGGAGAACAUGUGGAUGGAGACGAUGGUGACAGUGUCAACGGAGAUGAGGAUUCAUAGACAGACGGAUGCACACUUGUACAGACAAACACAUCCACAACUUCCAGUGGGACCUCCGACUCCUAUUUUAAUUCCCACACUAUGAAAUGUCACUCACCUGCCCCCACUACCACCCUUCCAUUGUCCCACAGGUAUAUUUUUUUCUUGACGCAAUUUAGUUUGUCCCCAUUUCAGCCCCCUCCUAUCAUUGUUAUACAUCUAGCAUUGUCCUGCAGCCAAUUACAUUGGAACUAGCUGUAGGUAGCAAGCAGUAAUGCGUGAUUUGCUGUGCUGCUGUUCCUUUUGACCAGCAGAGAGCAGAAAUGGCUGUUUAUUCUGACCUGAGCCACAAGUCAAAUCACCACAUUGGCAUUACUAAUCAAGAGAUGACAACUUUAAAGAUUGGGUUAAGGUUUGAAGAAACGGGCCCACCUGAGUAUGUAUGUUCCUUAUAUUCAUGUUAUUAUUUUUAUACUAAGUUGUACUGUAAUAAAUUGCAAUUAAAUACUCUGAUUAAUGCUUUUUA